UGAACAAGUUCGCGAACAUCGUCUGGGUGCGGAAGGAACACCAUCAUCCUCCUCCAGUCUACGUGCAGACGCCUUCCGGCUUGUAUCUGAAGACAUUACAUACAAAAUGAUAUCAACCGGUCGCGGACUCCCCCUACUAAUGCUGAAUGGGUAUACAUUCUCUAAGAACAGUCGAGGGCAUCAGCUGUACUACUGCUCCAAGUUGAUCAAGGGUUGCAAGGCGCGUGUGAAGCUGGAUCUGCAAGGCUGGGUCGAGCGCCUGAGAGGAGAGCAUAACCACCCGCCGCCUCAAUAUGUGCAGACUGCGGACGGACUUUAUAUGAAAAUAAACAAAACCUAUUCUUUCAUCCCGACGGCACGUGGGAAGCCUCUCCUCAUGGUAGCCGGUUACACCUUCUCCUUCAAGCGGGAGACUCCUGACCACACCUUCUACGUCUGCUCGCGGUACAAAUCCACAAGCUGCCCGUGUUCGUGUAAGAUCGACGCUGCGGGGAAUCUAGUCCAGUUGAGGGAACAUACUCAUUAUCCACCGAAGUAUGUGGCGACGCAGUACGGAUCGUAUAAGCAGAUUGCUUAAAUUGGAGAAGACCGUACUAAGCUUUGAUGAUGUUCCCCAGGCGUAUACGAGCUAAUCCCAACCAAUCGUGGCAAAUACUUACUAAUGUUAAACGGGUACACCUACUCUCAAAUGAAACAGAGUAACAACUACUACUGCUCUAAGAAGGACACUGGCUGCAAAGCGCGAGUUAAGUUGGAUACAGAGGGCAUGAUCGUACAGUUCUCUCCGGACCACACUCAUCCACCACCAAAAUACAUGGUUACACCUGGUGGGCAAUAUGUGAAGAUUUAGCAAAGUAUAAUAGGAGGUUGAUUUCAAAACGCAUGGACUGUAUGCUAUACAUUAAGGUCAAUGGAGAACAACAUUUAAGUACGACAUUGGUUUUACAGUACGAGGGUAAAUACUAGUCAGGCCCGAUUAUAACAUGUAUUCAUCUGACUUAUUCAAUAGAACACAUUCACUUUUCAUUAUAGAGGCACGCUAAGGCAUUCAUCAACCAUUUUCAUAGCUCCGCUUCUGUAAGGGUCUGUAAGGUUUACUCAAGUAAAAGUUAUAAUUUUAUCGAAGUUUGACAAGGAGUAGCAGGGCUUGCCAAGGCUGUCAAAAUAGUUGCCAACUUAUCUGGGAAUUCUGGGAUUGAUUCUAGGAUUUUUUGUUCUACACUGAUCUGGAGGGCGAUUUUUGAAUCUCGCAUACGGGAUUUUGUCACUAAAAUACCGGUUGAAAACGGUGACUUGUCUAUUAUUUUCAGUGACAAUUUUCUGAAUUCGAACGCGUGAGACUCAAAAAUCGGCCCGCAGUUCUGAAAAGUAGUGGCUACCUAUAAGUAACGUUCGGCCAAACAGCAUCUAGGAUAAAGAUGCAGAGGCGUAUUUUGUUAAUGUCCGGUGUUAGGUAUUAAUUAAUACGAUUUAAAACUGAAAAUGAGAUAGUAGUUUAAUUUCUUAGUAUAAAUUCUUGAGCUGUGACGUUCCCACCUAAUUUAAUGUAUUUAAUUUAUGAUUUUGAAUGAAAAAUGUAUGUUUAUGUUUAUUGAUAUACUUUGUGGAUAACACUAACCUUAUUCAAUUAGUUUAAAUUACAUAUUGACGUUCUAAAGUUUUGUCAUACAUUUAUUACGGAGUAUCAUUCAGACUUUUGCAAAUGCUUAAAAAGCCCUACUCUCCUAAGUUAUUUCUAAUCUUAUGCACAUAUUUCAGUCAAUUUUGGGGUAUUUAUUUUCAGGUGUUCCAUACGAUAUUGUAACGUCGCAGAGGGGUAAAAGUCUUCUCCUAAUCGGCGGCUACACGUUCUCCAAAAUCAGCCACAAUCAAUGGGUCUGCUCCACCAAGAACCCCAAUUGUCACGCGAAGCUUCGGUUGGACUAUGGGGCUAUUGUGAGCAUUUCUAACGAACAUUGUCACCCGCCCAGGAAAUAUGUGAGGUGUGCUAGCGGGCAGAUGAUACGAGUCGAUUAAACGAUGGAAACGCUAUAAGAUACAGUAGACUAAUGCCAAGCACAAAUUAUUAACAAACCAAUGCUUAUGCUUUUGUGCAAUAAAUAUUAAAUAAAUAAGUUAGCAAUGAAUUGUAAAAUAAUCCACUUAAUUUACAAAAAGUCAUGUACAUAUUACUGUGUACUGUGUAAUAAGUUUACACAGAUUUACAAGUUUGUUUUUUCGUAAUAAAGUAAAAUACUUUCAGAUAUUCCAUUAUAAAAGUGUUAAUUUAAUGUAAAUAAGAAUUAGGCUGUAAAUAAAGACAUAAGUUAUAUAUAAGAACUAGACUGUA